AUGAACCUUGAAUCUCUGCAAACAGUGCCAAUCUCCACCACAAACUUUCGUCUUCCUUCAACAUUCGUCGUUCCACCGUAUCAUUCAAGCCACAUUCUCUUCAAUAUGGGGUGGUGUUCAUGUUCCUUAUCAACAUGCAACGGUGCACAUCACCAUCCCGAUGACUCUGCAUGCGAAUCCCCCUCUCCCCUCUCCGUUUAUUUUGAUUUGAAUUUAUGGUUUAACUUCCGUUCCACCGCCGAACAUCUUCAUCAGUUCCUUACCGGUCGGGGUUUGUCUGACGCAUCUUUGACGGUGACUCCAACGACGGGAAAACCAGAGGGUGAACUCAGGUUGAUGCGCAUAGAUUGGAAUCACGCAUUGGAAUCGGUAGCCGAAGGCGAUGCAGGGAAAACUUUUGAAGGGAGCAAGAGAAGGUUAAAUCAUGAAGAUAAAACGAAGCAGCUUGAAGACUUGAAGAAUAGCCAUUGCCAUUUUCAAAUUUGGAGGUUGCAGCUUGACUUCUACAAAGAGUUUUGGCCAUCCACAAAGCAAGCUAGGCAUUGGAAUAGCUUGAAGGAACUUCAAGGAAGCUCACACGAUCCUCAGGCCUCACUCAAAUUCCCCACAUUGUCAUAUCCAAAUCCAGCUGAAGGAGAUUUGAAGGCAAAUAUGCGCGCAAGGAGGAAGCUGGAGGACAGGGAUGAAGUGCCUGGGCCUUGGGCGCCUUGGGCCUUAUGUUUUUGA